AUGAGAUUUCUUUCUACGGAUAUGAAGGAUAGAAAUAUGCUAUUUGCUGCUAUUACAACGAAUCAACAAAUUUGUAGUAAGUGUUCCCGUCUUCCCGAUCUACAUGAUUUUUUCCCAACCAACAUCUCUCAGAACUUUACUAUAACGCCAAACUUGGAUAUAACGCCAACGCCUGAGCGAAUUGCCGGCGUCACAAUAGUUUUACAAAUAGAAGGGUAUUUGGGCCAAAAUGAGUCCGAACAGGGAGCUGUCAAUUUAGCUAGAACAGUAUUGGGAGCCCGCCACCGAAAUGGCGAAACUUGGCAGGGCAUAUUAGAGGAUAUUCGGGCGGGUGGUGGUAUGUAUAAUUUUAUCCAGAAUCUGCCUGGUGCCUACCCUAAUACCCCAUUGGAUCAAUUUGCCAUUAUCCCAAUAAUUGAUCUUCAUGUGGGAAAAUUUUAUUUAUCAUUUACAAAUGAAGUCUUGUAUAUGCUGCUCACUGGCGUUUUGGUCGUUUUUCUUUUUUUUGUUGUUACAAAAAAGGGAGGUGGAAAGUCAGUGCCAAAUGCAUGGCAAUCCUUGGUCGAGCUUAUUUAUGAUUUCAUGCUGAACCUGGUAAAUGAACAAAUAGGUGGUCUUUCUGGAAAUGUGAAACAAAAGUUUUUCCCUCGCAUCUCGGUCACUUUUACUUUUUCGUUAUUUCGUAAUCCCCAGGGUAUGAUACCCUUUAGCUCCACAGUGACAAGUCAUUUUCUCAUUACUUUGGCUCUUUCAUUUUCCAUUUUUAUAGGCAUUACGAUUGUUGGAUUUCAAAGACAUGGGCUUCAUUUUUUUAGCUUCUUAUUACCUGCGGGAGUCCCACUGCCGUUAGCACCUUUCUUAGUGCUCCUUGAGCUAAUCUCUUAUUGUUUUCGUGCAUUAAGCUUAGGAAUACGUUUAUUUGCUAAUAUGAUGGUCGGUCAUAGUUUAGUAAAGAUUUUAAGUGGGUUUGCUUGGACUAUGCUAUUUCUGAAUAAUAUUUUCUAUUUCAUAGGAGAUCUUGGUCCCUUAUUUAUAGUUCUAGCAUUAACCGGUCUGGAAUUAGGUGUAGCUAUAUCACAGGCUCAUGUUUCUACGAUCUCAUUUCGUAUUUACUUGAAUGAUGCUACAAAUCUCCAUCAAAAUGAGUCAUUUCAUAAUUGA